CCCACUUUUGACCAUAUUUUCAUACAGUCUGACGUCCGUUGGAAUAUUACGCGAAAUUUCUUAAAAUUUUCUAUUAUUUUUUCACCGAAAAAUUAGUAGAAAGCGUUAAAUGCCAGUUUCGGUAAUACUAAAAUUAUAAAAUUUCGUUGCUGUCGACUUGCUGUGGAAAUUCAGUUCAUAAAAUUUCGUUUCGCUAAGGAUCCUCAAUUUUAACUCGAAAGGAUAUGAUGUCAUUUGCAAAGAUUGUGUAUAAAUUGUCUAUUGUUUAAUACUAGUGAAUUUACAUUGUUUUCUGUAUAUAAACAACAGUGAAGAAUCCACAGUGAAUUUAUACAUACGAAAUGCGGUCGUCCAUAUAGAUUUCGCAAUUAAUUGUGCGGGUAUUUGCGAAGGCCAUAAGCAGUUCCUUUGACAUUGUUGUUUCAUCAGAAUACUUGAUUUAGACUAGGUAGUCUUGGUUAGCCGUUGUCCUACACAAUAUCUACGCAUUUGUUUGAACGUUUGUCUUUUUGAUUGGGCAAGGAAGCAGAAAAGAGUUUCCAUAACGUCUCAAAAUUUCUGGAGUUAGUAACGUAACUGACGUUACCUAUACUCCGGAGGCACACAAUAAACACACUUAAAAGCUAACAUGUCAGCAGCUAAGGAGGAAACUUCAAAACCGAGCGCCACCACCGCCACUCCAACGGUGGUCAGCUCAGCUAGCCAACCGGUAGCAGCAGCUACUACAUCCUACGCUAAUGUUUUGCAAAAUUUGGAAACUAAGAAAGGUGCCAUUGCCAAAAGUGGAUCCGUUGACGUGGCAGUUGUUGAUACUGACAAUAAAGAAAACCAACCGAAUCUAAAAACAAUCAAGUCAUGGAGUGAAGAGGCUGCUGCAGCUGAAGGAGCCACCGACGGAAUUGCCACUGCUAUUGCUGAAACUGGUGCUACUGUGGCUGGUGAAAAGCGGGCUGCUAUCACUGAUGCUGGUGCGGAAAAUUCUUCAGAAAUCGAUGAUAAUAAUGAUUUUGUACCAGUGAUUUCACAUCACCGACGUGAUCGCAAGAAACCACGUAAGGACAAACCAUUCGGUCGUGAACGUCAGGGUGGAAAUGGCAAUGAAAAGCUUGCUGCCGGGGGGAAUGUUUCUCGUGCCGGUGGCGGCAAUGGCGUUGGUGGUGAAGGCGGAAAAAAUAAACGCGUAACUGGAGCAGGUGAUAAAGAUGGUGAUAAAAAGUUUACAUCACGUCCACGUCAACGCGCCGGUAGCCCACGCAAGGGCGGUGCUGUUGGUGGAGCGCUCAAGUCACCAAAAGAUCGUAAAGACACCUCGCCGAGUGCAAGUGCUGAGAAUACUAGUAGCGGCAAUGAAGCCAAAAGUAGUGAUGCCGAAUCGUCGGCAGCUGCCAGCGCAACAGCUGCGCCACCACAACCGAAAAAGUACGUUGCUGCACCCCCACCGAAGGUCAAUGCUUGGAAGGUAAGUGCGAAUAAAAGUAAUUUUUGUGUUUAAAUUUUUGUAUGUCUU